GUUUCACAGCAGCCUUCCCCAGCUGUGCAGCGCUCAUAAGCUGCAGCAGCUCCGUCUGUCCUGCAGAGGCGAUGCUGUAGUUUGGAGAGACGGCGCUGAGCGCAACUAUCAUGCCGCGCACAGGCUUCCUAUAGUGACCAAGUUUUAUAUUCAGCAUUAACGUGCUUUUUUUCACCCUUCUCCGACAACAUGGAGUACUGGAGGCAAUGUGCGAUGUGGCUGAUCAGCUGCAACGUGCUCCCCGCGAACCACCGGGUGACUGCGGACACGGCGCAAGUGUUCGACCUGGCGCAAACCCUGCGGGACGGGGUGCUGCUGUGCCAGCUGCUGAACAACUUGAGACCUCACACCAUCAACCUGAAGGAGAUCAAUCUCAGGCCGCAGAUGUCACAGUUCCUGUGCUUGAAGAACAUCCGCACAUUCCUGUCGUCUUGCAGUGCGGUGUUUGCAAUGAAGAAAAGCGACUUAUUCGACGCAUUUGACCUGUUCGAUGUUCGAGACUUUGGAAAGGUUGUGGACACUCUGUCCAAGCUCUCCCACACAGCAACUGCACAACAAGGAUUCAAGCCUUUCCCAACCGAGGAGAGCCUAAAAGACGAGGACAUUUACAAUAAUCUGGAAGACUUGAUUGAUGAGAAUGUCCCAGAGGACGAGGACGAUCUGUAUGCAGCUGUCUACGGGCUGGAAGACGACUAUGCAGGUGGAGAGAUCUAUGAAGACCUCAUGAGGACUGAGCAGCCUCCUCCAUCGAAGCAGGCAGAGGUAGACGUCCGGAGCUGCUGCCUCACAGAGAUCAAACAGACGGAGGAGAAAUACACAGAGACCCUGGAAUCCAUCGAGAAGUAUUUCCUAAAUCCUCUGAAGAAAUUCUUCUCUGCAGCCGAAAUUGACAAAGUUUUUGUCAACAUUCCAGACCUGGUUAAAGUUCACAAAAGCCUGAUGGUUGAUGUGCAGGACUCCAUCCUAAACAAAAACGCCUUAAAUCUCUACCAGAUUUUUAUCAGUUACAAAGAGAGGCUCCUCAUUUAUGGGAUUUACUGCAGUCGGGUGGAGAUCGCCAUCGCCGUUUUAGACCUCAUUUGCAAAGAGAAAGAGGAUGUUCGUCUAAAGCUGGAGGAGUGCUCAAAGAGAGCCAACAAUGGGAAGUUUACACUGAGGGACCUGCUGGUUGUCCCGAUGCAGAGAGUCCUCAAGUAUCAUCUACUUCUUCAGGAGCUCGUCAAACACACUCACGAUGCUGCUGACAAGAGCAACUUGAAGAUCGCUCUUGAUGCCAUGAAAGACCUGGCUCAGUAUGUCAACGAGGUGAAGAGAGAUAAUGAGACUCUAAGGGAGAUCGACCAGUACCAGAGGUCCAUUGAAAACCUGAAUCAACCUCUAAUCAGCUAUGGCCGACCGAAAGGUGACGGUGAAGUGCGCAUGGUCUCCAGUAUUGACAAGAGGAAACAAGACAGACACAUCUUUUUAUUUGAUGUGGCUGUCAUUGUUUGCAAGAGAAGAGGAGACAACUAUGAGAUGAAGGACAUACUUGACCUCAACUACUUCAAGAUCACAAACAACCCCACCUCUGACAGAGAGGGCAAAAAGUGGUGCUACGGGUUCUACGUGACUCACCAGCAGGGGCACACAGGCUUCGAACUCUUCUUCAAGACCAGAGAGCUGAAGAAGAAGUGGUUGGAUCAGUUUGAGAUGGCCAUAUCAAAUAUCCGACCAGAGAAAGCCAACCACAACUCCCACCAGUUCAAGAUGCACACCUUUGAAAGGAUCGCUUCCUGCAGUUUCUGCCACCUUUUGCUCAGGGGCAUCUUUAACCAGGGUUAUCUCUGUUUAAAAUGUGGACUGGGGGCUCAUAAGGAGUGUCUUGGUCGCCUGGGAAUCUGUGGGAGAACAGAUUCUGCCAAGCCGAAGCCGAAGGAAAGCACAACACCACCAGACACAGGUUUACCCAGGAUGAUUGUGAUUAGAGACUACAAUGGCAUCCCCCCUCCCCACUGUGGGCCCCCACUAAGCGUUCAUGCGGGGGAUGUCAUUGAACUGAUGUUUGCCGACCUGAACAGCUCCUGGUGGCAGGGCAAAAUUCUGGCAACAAGCAAGAUUGGCUUCUUUCCAAGUGAUGCCGUGAGGCCUUGCCCAUGUGUCCCCAAACCUGUUGAUUACUCUGCCCAGCUCUGGUUUGCAGGGCCUAUGGAGAGAUACCAGGCUGAGGUGGAGCUCCUGGACCGGGGAAACAGCACCUAUCUGGUUCGGCACAGGAGUAAAGAGUGCAAUGAAUAUGCCAUCAGUAUAAAGUUCAACGAUAAAGUCAAGCACAUCAAGAUUCUGACCAAGGAUGGCUGCUUUUACAUCGCAGAGAGCCGACUGUUCAAAACUGUGCUGGACUUGGUGGAAUACUACAAGCAGUACUCUCUGAAGGAGGGUUUCAGCAGUCUUGACACCACUCUGCGGAUCCCCUAUAGGGAACUUUCCCAUGAAAACAUGGCCAUAACCAGGGCUGAUAGUGUUCGUCCUGGCGGCUGCGGCUUUACUCCUCCCUCCUCCUCGCCUUUCUGGUCAGGUACAGUGUUUUCUCCCAGGGUGGUAGGUAUCGCAGUGGCACGCUAUGACUUCAGUUCCAGAGACACGCGAGAGCUCUCCCUGCUGCAGGGAGACAUUAUCAAGAUCUACACCAAGAUGUCCAAUGGGUGGUGGAAGGGAGAGGUCGACGGCAGGGUGGGCUGGUUUCCCUCUACCUAUGUGGAAGAGGAGGACUGACUUCGCUGGAUGAAUGAUGUCUAUUCAGCAUCCAUUCAAAGAUGACCACCUCCAGUGAGCGCCCUUCUGCUCAGCCACUCUCCGUGCCCUGCAAGUCCGAUCUCUUUGAUAAAACCCGGAGACUUGGACUUAAGAGGAAGAGGCAGUGCCCUCAAAAACCUCCUCCUGCACUCUGACAGACUCACACACAGAGCAGAUGUCAAAUCACAGAUUCCAGGAGCGUCACACCAUAUCUCACCUCUCUGCGGCCCUGUCUGCCCCGGCGGCCUUUUGGGAAGUGCAUGUGCAGUGCCCAGAUAACCCUUCUACCCCUCCCUUUCUGCUCACCUUGUCUCAUUAUUGAUGACUCCAUUGGCUGGUGUGAGACUUGCCUUCACUGUCAUCAUGUUUCUAUACCAGGAAGGUUCUGUCGCCAAACUGGAACUCAGAUCCUGCUGACAGCACACCACCCGGGUACUGAGCUGAGGCGAUUUGACUAUUGUUGGAACACUAUAGUCGACUUGGUUGUUGAAACUUUUGCGUUCUGUCAAAGACCCAUUUUAUUUUUCUAAUUUUUAAUCAAUGUACUGACAUAAACAGAAAUGCAAUCCCUGAAACGUGAUUUGAAAAAAAAGGAUGUAAAGAGCGCAGUCAGUCAGUCUUUUAGAGUGAAAAGUAAUCUGACCUGAAUCUGAUCUGAUGUCAUGGCAGGAAACCACAUUUAGAGACAAAGUAAUUGAUAAUGUGUUUGAAGAAGUUCUUGAAAUCCACUGCUGUAUAAAACUGUCUUUAAGUUUUAAUAUUCUAUCAUCAUUUCUUUUUAAAUCAUUGUUUAAUUGAAUCACCAACUAGUUAUCAUUUUUUGUAAGACAAUGGAUUGUUGCCAAAAUUUCAAACCUAAUUUACCCUUUCAUUGUUCCCACCCAAGCGUAAAGCAAUAGUUCUACAUUUUGGGAAAUACAAUUAUUUGCUCUCUUGCCAAAUAUUAGAUCAGAGGAUCAAUAGCACUCUCAUAUCUGUUUAUUCAAUAUAAAGAGACAGCCAGCAGCUGGCUAGCUUGGUUUCUCAUAAAGACUAGGAAUAGGGCGAAACAGCCAGCGCCGCUCUCUCUGGGGGUAACAAAAUCUGCCAACACCAGCUUAUAUGAAGCUCACUAAUUAACAUGCCAUAUCCUGUUUGUUUAAUCUGUAAAAAAAAAAGAAAAAAGAAACUCUUAAAGGGACUAUUUGUCAUUUUAUGAAGAGUCAUUGUGUAUUGUUAUAUUUCUCACCCAAGUGCUGGAGUCUCUGCUGGUAGCCUUGUAACCUCACACCACCGAGGAAUUAAUGAGCUUCAGAGAAAUCUACCUACCAGAGUGUUUGGAUGGAGCCAGACUAGCUGUUUUACCUGAAUUCUACCCUGUAUGCUAAGCUAAACUAACCGGCUGCUGGCUGUAACUUCAUAGUUAAAGGAUGAGCAUCUUGUCAAGAAAGCAAAAUGAGUGCAUUUCCCAAAAUGUUGAUUUAACAAAAAACUAACAACAGUUGCAGCUGGCUCUAUAAGACUAAGUAAAUAUAAAGAAUCAUCCUCAGGAAGAAGGAAUACACAGCUGGAUAAUGUUUCACAAUGUUUAGUUGCACUAAAAAAGCUAUUGCCCAGAUCUCAUGUUCAGCUUGAGACAUAUGAAGUCACCCAAGAGAAAAAAAUAUGCACAAAAGGAAUAACAAAGCCAAAUGAGUUUGAAAAGUGCACGUGUUGUCAUCUUUUGAUCAUUCGCUGUGGAAACCGGAGAGCCCUAUCACAUUCCACACAUUUCGUGUUUACCUCAACUACUUUUGGCUUCAGACCGAAUGAUUCAAGGGUGAUGUAACAGCUGUUCACUGUAGAGCAAGGUAGCACAAGGGCACUAAGUGAUGCUGUUUUCCUUCAAACGUUAACAUCCCGCAAACCAUGUGUGUGUGACAUCAAUAUUAAAUAAAAGUAUACUUUUUGAAUUGUA